AACAAUACAGUGACUAUCCUCAGACAGACAGUUGGGACGACUGGAACUAGUUAAGCGAAAAAAGGCAGCAAAAAUGCCCACCAUCACCGUCAACAAGGCCGCUUUGUACGAGAAGCUCGAGCGAAGCUACACUACUGAAGAGUUCGAUGCCCUAUGCUUCGACUUUGGUAUCGAGCUCGACGAGGAUACGACCGAGGAGGUCAUGGCCGCAAGAAAGAAGGGAGGCAAGGAGGCCGCUGAGGCUGGAGAGCCAGAGCUGAAGAUCGAGCUGCCUGCCAACCGAUACGACCUGUUAUGCCUGGAAGGUCUGGCUCGUGGCUUGAGGCAGUUCCUGGGCAAGGAAAACCCACCUGCCUUCAAGCUCAGCAACCCUGCCAACAUGAUCGAAUGUACCGUUGAGGAGAGCGUGUCUUCGAUCCGGCCCUUCUUCGCUUCUGCCGUUCUCCGACUUGCCAAGCCGAUGAGCCAGGCAGCAUACGACUCUUUCAUCGAUUUGCAAGACAAACUUCACCAAAACCUGUGCCGAGGACGAAAGUUGGUCGCCAUCGGUACCCACGACUUGGACACAAUCAAGGGUCCCUUCAGGUACAUGGCCAAGGCCCCUCGGGAUAUCAAGUUUGCUCCGCUGAACAAGGAGAAAGAGUACACCGCCGAAGAACUGAUGACCCUCUAUGAAACCGAUCGUCAUCUCGGAAAAUACCUGCCUAUCAUCCGAGACUCGCCCGUCUACCCUAUCAUCUACGACAGCGAGGACAAAGUGCUGAGCAUGCCUCCCAUCAUCAACUCCAAUCACUCUAAAAUCACCCUCAACACCACAAACAUCUUCAUCGACGUCACCGCAACAGAUCAGACCAAGCUAGAUAUCGUCGUCAAUAUCAUUGUGGCUAUGUUCUCAGAGUACUGCCAGACGCCCUUCGAAGUUGAGCCGGUCAAGAUCACCUACGCCAACGGCACUUCGCGGGUCUCACCGAACUUGACCCCACGAGCCACCAACGCCUCUGUCUCUUAUAUCAACGCUGCUCUCGGCUUGAACCUCUCUCCCGAAGAGAUGGCCGGUCUGCUGAACAAGAUGUCGCUCGCUGCGGCACCUUCGUCUGCCAGCCCAACCGAGACGCUGGACGUGUACGUACCUUGCACCCGACCGGAUAUCUUGCACGAGUGCGAUAUCAUGGAGGAUGUGGGUGUAGCCUAUGGAUUCAACAACCUGCCUACCGGUCUUCCCAAGACAAGCACGGUAGCAAAACCUUUCGCGAUCAACAAAUUAGCUGAUGUCGUUCGAAAAGAAUGCGCGAUGGCCGGAUGGGUCGAGGUUCUGCCGCUCAUUCUGUGCUCUCAUGACGAGAACUUUGCUUGGCUCAACCACAAGGAUGAGGGCACCGCCAUUAAGCUCACCAACCCCGCCACUGCCGAAUUCCAAAUUGUUCGAACAUCUCUUCUUCCCGGUCUGCUCAAGACCUUGCGUGAGAACAAGUCAUUGGCUUUGCCGCUCAAAAUCUUCGAGGCUUCGGACAUCGCGGUGCAGGACAGCCGAGAAGAACGUAAAGCACGCAACUACAGGCACGCCGCUGCGCUGUAUACGGACAAGAAGGGAGGGUUUGAGGUCGUCCACGGGCUGCUCGACCGGAUCAUGCAGAUCCUCGAGGUGCCUUUCAUCGGUGCGCUGGAACAGAGCAAGUUCGCUAGUGCAGAAGAGGGUUACUAUCUGCAGCCUUCGGAUGAUCCCAUGUACUUCCCUGGCCGAGCUGCUAAUAUCUACUACCGAAGAUCAGCUUCUGCCAAGGAAGAUCAGGCCAAACAGGACACCAGUGCAGUCAAAGCUCUGGAAGGAACCCAAUCCACUUCGUCCCCGCUUGACACGGUCGCCAAGGCCUUAAAGAGUGUCUUACCUGGCAGUGAAUCAGCGGAGGGCUCCAGUUCGCGAGAUCUUUUGAUCGGGUCGCUCGGGAUUCUGCAUCCUACCGUGCUUCAAAACUACUCCAUUCUCAACCCAUGCUCUAGCGUAGAGAUCAACAUCGAGCCCUUUUUGUAGAGCAUGACUGCGCGUUAAUAGGUUACGAUACCGAUAAAAUGGCAAUAGAUACCCCGAUAGUUGGUCACCA